AUGAUGAAGUCUCAUUCCCCUCAAAGAGGUCCUUCAAGUGGUCGUCGAUUCUCCAAGCAGAAUCCUCUCGUCUUCGCUAAAGUUAUUGUCAUUUCCUCUGACGAUGAACAUUGGAUACAAAAAAGAAGCAAUGGAGCAGGACCGAGAAGAGGGAAAACCCUCCCUGAAACAACGAGAACCCGAUCUUCUGAACACUCGGCACAAGUAAGAGCAAAGAAAGAAUUCAAAGCCGAGCCGAUAACCGAUAAUCGGAGUGGGCUUUAUGCGGGAAGUAAAAGAGGAACAGAAGGUUAUGGACUUGAAGGCGAGGAAGUUGCGACUUAUCCUAUGAUUCGUGCACGAUCAUCUGACUCACCAAUCCGAUACCAGAGAGGCCCUUCACAUCGAACCAAAUUAUCUUCAUAUUUCUUGCAACGCCGAACAGGAUGGGAGGAUUCUGAUAUAGAAGACGAGGAUGAUCAGCCUGAGGUCAUGAUGAAAGAUUUGGCACAAUGCGGAAGAAAAGGAAAUUCGAAACAAGAGACUGGGAGUUCUAUAUCACAAGCCAGAGUACAAAUAGCUUCCGAAUAUCAAUACGAGCCUCCGAAUUCCCUGUCCGACCACAGACAAAAACAAAGUGUCGAAUCUCAAAUCCCACCCCUGAACUCUUUUCCAGAUCGGAGUGGACGACAUGGAAACUCUGAUUAUCAAUUCGAACCUCCGAGUUCCCAGCUGGACCGCAUAAAAGAAAGAAGUUUUGAAUCUCAAUUCCCCUCCCUGAAAUCUUUCCAACAUUGGACUGUACGAGAAAGAAACUCUGAUUACAAAUUCAAAAUUUCGAGUUCCCUACUGAAUAGCAGACAAAAAGAAAGUGCUGUAUCUCAAAUCCAAUUAGUACGUUCACAUCUCUAG